AAUACCCUCCUCUCUUCUUCAACUUCUCACCACUCCUCUCUCUCUCUCUACAAUACAUACAAUCCAUCAUCAUAUACAUACAAACAUGGCAGUGUGUAGACUUUUUUCCUCACUUGUCUUCAUCUUUAUGUACGUAACAUGUACAUUAGCAGCCAAUGCUAAGUACAACAUUCAAAGCUAUGGAGCAAAACCCGAUGGCAAGAGUGACUCCACCAAAGCCUUUCUGGCGGCAUGGGCGGCGGCGUGUGCCUCCACCGCCCCCGCCACCAUUUACGUGCCGGCGGGGACAUUCUUGGUUGGGAGUGUGAGUUUUGGGGGCCAAACAUGCAAGAACAAUGCCAUUUCGUUUCAAAUAGAUGGCACGCUUCUGGCCCCAUCGGACUACAAUGUGAUCGGAAAGGGUGAUAAUUGGAUCAAAUUCGAAAGGGUGACUGGAGUUUCCAUUGUCGGCGGAACCCUAGACGCUCAGGGCACUGCUCUUUGGUCCUGCAAAAAUUCCGGCAAGAGUUGCCCCGACGGAGCUGCGACACUGGCAUUUUACAACUCAAACAACAUUGUUAUCGACGGAUUAAGAUCAAAAAACAGUCAAAAAUUUCACAUUCGCAUUGACAGCUGCCAUAAAGCCAAGUUGCAAGAAGUGAUGAUCUCGGCUCCCGGAAACAGCCCCAACACCGACGGAAUUCACGUGCAAUCGUCGUCCGAUGUAACAAUCUUGAAUUCCCACAUCGGCACUGGCGACGACUGUAUUUCGAUGGGCCCCGGCAACUCCAACUUGUGGAUUGAAAACAUUGCUUGCGGCCCCGGCCACGGAAUCAGUAUUGGGAGUUUAGGUUGGGAAAAGCAAGAGGCUGGAGUACAAAAUGUGACCGUUAAAACUGUUACAUUUACCAGUACUGAAAAUGGGUUGAGGAUCAAAACGUGGGCAAGGCCAAGCAACGGGUUUGUGAGAAAUAUUGUUUUCCAGCACGCAGUCAUGUCUGACGUACAAAACCCCAUCAUCAUCGACCAAAAUUACUGUCCUAACGAUCAAAACUGUCCUCAUCAGGGCUCUGGCGUGAAGAUAAGUAACAUAAGGUACCAGGACAUACAUGGAACAUCAGCUACUGAAGUUGCAAUGACGUUUGACUGCAGCAAGACACAACCCUGCAAUGGUAUAACGUUGGAUGAUGUAAACUUAACAUACAAAGAUCACCCUGCUGAAGCCUCCUGCUCUAACGCUGACGGCACGUCUUCCGGUUUAGUUACGCCGGCGAGUUGCCUCUAGUAUAGGCGGCUAAUAUAUAUAUAUAUAUAUAUUU